AUGAGCACCCCAGAGUCCACGACACUCAAUGUCCCCGUGGAAGACCUGGCGAGAUGGGCAAGAACCCAGCGGAUUGUCGACGGACACUGGGGAGACGACAAGAUCCUCACGCUACAAAAGUCACGGAUAGGCAAGAUUCUGUGGAAAAAGUUGAGGACUAGUCUAGAGGGCCAGGUCAAGGGGUGGGAGGUCAUGAGAGUCAUGAGACAGGACACCUUCCUUACCAUCACGGACUUUCGGGCCAUACUGAUCGCGCUCAACGUGCAGGCAGGCUGCACAGUUGACGGCCGGCACGUUGUUCAAGGUCAGUGGAUCGAGGUCGGAGCAGGCCAGGAUGUCAUGCUGCAGCCACAGGGCGAUUUUCUGUGCCUUGUCGUCUGA